GAGUCUUUUCAUCUUCAAACUCCAUUAAUGUCUUCGAAUAAUAAUUAUAAUGGUUAUGAAAAUUCAAGUUUGGGAGAAAAUAUGGUAAAAACAGAGAAGUGGGUGAAACAUUAUUCAUCAAAUCAUGAAAUAUUAUUAGUGGGUGAAGGUGAUUUUUCUUUUGCAUUGUCUUUGGCUAUGGCUUUUGGUUCUGGCUCUAACAUUGUAGCAACUUCUCUCGAUUCUUAUGAUUCUUUGAUCAACACAUAUAAGAAAGCAGCGUUAAAUUUGAUGCAUUUAAGAUUUCUGGGAGCUACUGUUUUACAUGAAGUAGAUGCUAGGCAGAUGCAAGAUCACCCCUCACUCUGCUGGAGAAAGUUUGAUUACAUCGUCUAUAAUUUCCCUCAUGCUGGCUUCUAUGGAUCAGAAGACAAUCCUGAUAUGAUCAAUAAGCAUCAGGGUCUAGUCUACGACUUCUUCAGCAAUGCUAGGUGGUUGCUCCGACACAAUGGCCAGAUUCAUGUUACUCAUAAAAUCAAGCCUCCUUACUCUUUUUGGAAUCUCGAAGAACUUGCACACCAAAACUCUCUACGCCUAAUGGAGUGCGUCCCUUUUGAUAUCAAGGACUACCCGAUGUAUGAGAACAAGAGAGGUCAUAGUUCAACAAUCGAUGAACCUUUCAACUGGAAAGACAGUUAUACAUUCAUCUUCACUGUCGCGCCACCUUCCCCUGACAUAUCUUCAAGUCAUUUUAACCUGCAGGGUUGCAGGGACGCUCUGCCUAGAGUAAAAUUCGUUGUCAAAGCAGAAGUUAGACACUUUCUGAUGGCAGCAGGAUAUGCAGGUGUCUUAGUAGACGAAUAUCAUUCAGUUCGAGCUAUGUUUUGGGGACCAUUGCCUUACAUGUGUGUCAAUUUUGCUGAAUUGCUUGCUAUCAAAUGUGCAUUACUGAUGUACGAGAGAUCACACUUGUGCCACAGAAAUGUGGCACUUGAUGUUGAAAGCAAUUCAAAUGUUGCAAUUUCAUGGAUCAGGUCAAACUUUGGAAACACCCUAGAGUUGUCCACAGAGCUUCAGGAAAUAAAUAUGGCCUUGGGUCGUAUUCCUAAUCCUGUUGAAUUAUUCUGUUGUUACGGAAAAUAUGAAGGCGCACACUACCAUUUGGUCCGUCGGUUGGCAGUGAAAGCAUUAGAUACACUGAAUAUGUGUGAAAGAUGGAUCCCUGACAAUGCUGGUUACUGAUCGGGUUUGUGCUUUGCAGCUGAUCUGAAGUCCUUAUCAAAUACAGAAACAGAGAUCCAACCUAUGUAAGUGGUUUUCAUUUAGUUUACAAAAACACGGGAAGUUGCUCUUCUUUGAAACUUUUGCAUGAAUUGUCUAAUAGUCCUAGGCAAACUAACGUCCACAAAGUCUAGCUUAGGCGCUUAGCUUAUUUUAUAUGGAUUAUCUAAUAUUCCCAGGCAAACUUACGUCCACUAAAUCAAGCUUAGAUUUUAUACCGAGCACCUAAUAAAUCAAUCCCAAGUCAUUGAUAAUGCAUGAUGCUCUCAUUUAUUUUUUAUAUUUAGUAUGGAAUAGUAUGUAAUUCAAAGAGCGAAAUUCAAAAU